AUGCAUGGAUGCAUCUUUCUUAUUUUUCUUGAACAGUCCUGCAUACACACAGGUACAAGGUUACUGAGGACCACAAUGCCAAGAGAAAAGCUCAUCGCAUUGGAGAGUGACGUCAGCAUUGAUGUUGAUGAAGGAGAUAUAACUGAUAGCGUUUACUAUGUUGGAAUUGAUGUGGAUGGAAAAAAGCAGCGAGAGGAGAUGGACAAGAAGAAAGAAAGAAAACUUGCCAAGGGACAAAGUGACAAAGUGCAGAAGCAACAGAAAAAAUCUACUUAUCUUCACAACUGUGAAAAGAACAGAAUUAAUGUAGGAGGAGAGGUAGAGGAGAUUCCCAUGGAAAGAAAGAACAGUAAGAACAAGAAGGCAGCGAUACAGCAGGAGGAUUCAGAAGGAGAUGGAGAAGAAAAGAAGAUGAAAAUGGUGCAAGGAAACAAUGAUCAAUCAAAAAAGAAGGAAAAAGUAAACAAAAUGGCAACUGAGAGCAACUCAAAGGCAAGCUCUUCAUCAGCUGAUGAAUCUUUUGUGGACUCGCUGAAUUUGGAGGAGCAGGAGAAGCUGAUGAAAGCCAUAGAGGAGAAAAAGAAGCUCAUUGCCACACUGAAAACACAAAACUGGCCAAUGCACAAGAAAUUAUCUACGCUCAGGGAGUCACAAGCAUUUAUAGAAAAGAAUGAGGGCACUUUAGGACAAGUCAAAGGGAAGAAGCUCUACACCUACAAGGUCAUGGUGAUGAAGAAAUGGGUGAAGUUUAAGCGAAACUUUAAUAACUUUAAGAAGGCCUGCAUUCCAUGGGAGGGGAAGAUCAAGAAAAUUGAAAGUCACUUUGGCUCAGCAGUAGCUUCCUAUUUUAUAUUUCUGCGAUGGAUGUUUGGCAUGAACAUAAUUCUCUUUGUUCUGUCCUUUGGGCUGGUUAUGUUUCCUGAGGCAAUACUAGGGCUGCCAUAUGGAAGUAUUCCCAGGAAGACUGUCUUUAAGGAAGAACUACCCACUGCUUCGGAUUUUGACAUCCUAUGGGACCUUGAGGGUUACAUAAAGUAUUCAAUUAUGUUUUACGGCUACUACAACAACGAAAGAACAAUUGGAUGGAUCAAGUUCCGCAUGCCCUUGUGCUUCUUAUUGGUUGCAUUGUGCAGCAUAGCUUACAGUUACAUGGAGAUCAUUAGAAUCAUGGCACACAACGAAAGUAAAGGAAGUGGAGGAGAUGACACCCACUUCAAUUACAGCUGGACAAUAUUCACCAGCUGGGAUUACCUUGUUGGAAACCCAGAGACAGCUGACAUCAAUUUUGCCUCCAUUGCCACAACCUUUAAGGAAAGCCUUAUUGAAGAGAAAGAACUCAGAAAAAAAGAAGACAUACGAUGGACGAUAUUUUUUCGCAUCCUGAGCAAUAUAAUGGUUUUCUCCAUACUGGUGGGAAGUGGGUACCUAAUCUAUUUUGUAGUGCACAGGUCUGAAAAGUUUUUCCGUGCUGGGAUGUACAACUUCGGCUGGUGGGAAAGAAAUGAAGUGAAUGCGGUGAUGUCUCUGUUAACCACGUUCUGCCCUAUGUUUUUUGAGGCAAUAGCCCUUAUGGAGAAGUAUCACCCACGCAUUGCCCUACGCUGGCAGCUGGCCCGUAUCUUUGCCCUUUACGUAGGCAACCUCUACAGCUUCGUCAUAGCCAUCAUUGAGCAGAUAAACAUCUCGAGGGUUCAAGAAGAGGAAAUGAAGCAUAAUCUGACCAUAUUUGACGUGAACAUGCCUAACAGGUCCAUAGCAGAGAAUUCAACCAUUUCUCAUGUGGAUCCUGCAGAUGUACCCAGAGGGCCUUGCUGGGAGACUAUUGUGGGGCAGGAGGUUGUACGUAUGGUGAUUUCAGACACAUUGACUAUUUACAUUGUGCUGCUGGUUAAUGACUUCCUCAGAGCAAUUGUGAUUCGGGUCUUCAACAGCUGCUGGUGCUGGGACUUGGAGUACACCUUUCCGUGCUAUGCCCUUUUUGAUCUGAGUGGCAACGUGCUCACCCUCAUAUUCAACCAGGGAAUGAUCUGUUUGGGCUCGUUGUUUGCUCCCUGUCUUCCUGCACUCAAUGUUCUCAGACUGCAAACAUCCAUGUACAUACAAGCCUGGGGUGUCUUGUGCUGCAACAUCCCUCACCCACACAUCUUCAAAAACUCACGUCAUAGCAACUUUUACAUGUACAUACAGCUGUUCAUCCUCUUUGUCUCAACACUGCCCACCAUCUUCGCCAUCGUCUAUAUGCGUCCAUCCUUUGACUGUGGGCCUUUCAGUGGGAAAGACCACAUGUACGACGUGAUCACGGAGUCACUGGAGUUGGAUUUUCCGAGAUGGUUCAGAAAUGUGGUCAGCUACGUCUUAAACCCGGGAGUGGUUGUGCCUUUAGUACUGUUCAUGGUCCUCACGAUUAUUUACUUACAUUCGACGUCUAAAACAUACAAGAAGGCCAACAAUGACCUAAAAAAGAAACUGCGGGAUCAAUGUGAAGAGAACAGAAAGAGGGGCAAACUUGAAGCAAAGAAAUCGGCCGAAUAUUUGGAGCAGGUCAAAAACAUGGCUGCCACAGAACAGGACAAGGUCAAACAAAGCAACAGCAACGCGUCUGGGAAAGGAGGUAACAAGAGAAGCAGAGAGAGUGGUUAUUUUCCUACUCCUCGAAAUGUGUACAGUGGGAGUCGAGGUUCGAGCCUGAAAUACUCACACAAACCUCCUUGCACUCGACCUCCUUCAGCCCGCUCUCACCUCCUGCAUGGGCAACUGCCAGGAUAUCCACCAUAUUAA